GUUCUGGAAAUCUUGUCCUAUGCACCGUCCAAAGCCCUACAUGGAGAACGCAUCUACAUCCGCGUCCGAACCGGUUACGACCUGUACUCUCCCCGCCGCACGGCUCUCACCAUCAUGUUUGCAACUCGUCGUUGUGACACCGCCAUCACAAAGAAUGGCUCAGACGGUGUCUACUAUGACUACACACUUUCGACGGACAUCCCGUCCUUCGACACGACGGGGUGGUAUGAAGGCCAGAUGCCUCUGUACUUGAGCGUGGAAGACGAAGGCGGCCAGAGCGUGCGGGUCGUCGAGGUGGGCGACUUUACCUACCUCGAUGCGUCGGCACUCCCUCACCAUUCCUCUCAUGAGGCCAUCGCACGAAAACGAAAGGUCUCCCCGGAACCGGAAGGGUACAGAAGUUCACCCCAUCAUUUGAAACGCGUGGCAAGCCAACAACAAUUGAGUAGAACUUCUCGCGAUCUUGGAGCGGCUUAUCGACCGCUGUCUCAAUCUCCGUACGCUCGCCCGGCGGUCCCAUCUUAUAGUAUGUCUGCGGCUCACUCCGGGGAUCGAGUACCACCUCCCUAUUCUCGACGCGCCGUUUCCUACCACUACCCCCCAUCAGCAGGCCCCGUUUCGCAUGGAGCGCAGGCACCAUCCCCAUCAUACAGUCCAUACUCGACGGCCAGUCGUCCAAGUCAAAGCCCUGCCUUGGCCGUGGUACCUCCCGCUCCUUCUGGUCCAGCGUUGACGCCAGCGUCACUCGGGUCGAAUCCGCCACUGGUACGGACCACGACUCUACAACCGCCCUCCGCUCCGGUUGGACUGGUGCAUCCAGGAUUCAACCCCUAUGCCAUCUACCCGAACGCUCGUGCAAUGCUCAAGAUCGAUGGUGAUCUGGACUCCAUGACCCAGAACUGGAACCGAGCUGAACUCGACGCCCGGCGACGAUUGGUGCAGUUCACCCGUUCUCAGGCCGGGAGCACCAUCAUAACUUUAUUCCGACCGGUCUCACCCGAGGAACGUGCGCCGAAUUCCAUCUGCAUCAGCUGCAUUUUGUGGGAAGAGAGACAGGAGUACUUCGUCACCAGCGUGGACACCAUCUACUUGUUGGAGUCGCUUGUCGCCGUGCGCUUCACCGUCGAGGAAAAAAACCGCAUCCGACGCAACUUGGAGGGCUUCCGACCACUGACAGUUGCCAAAUCCAAAGCUGACAGCGAAGACUUUUUCAAGUUGAUCAUGGGCUUUCCCAAUCCCAAACCCCGCAAUAUUGAGAAGGAUGUGAAGGUGUUUCCGUGGAAGAUUCUUGAACAGGCACUGAAGAAAAUCAUCAGCAAAUAUUCUGCGAGCUACUCCUCCACGGCGGGUGCGUUGCCAUCGGUUGGACCGAACAGUUACGUCGGU